AUGUCGCGCCAACUCAUUUCCAGCGAGAAGUUCCCUACGAAGCCUCACAACUGCCCUGCUACAAAGGUACCUGGUCUUGUGUUCUGCGCCGGACAAACCGCCACAGGAGAGAUCAAGCAAGCCACAAGAAAAGUCCUGCAAAAUCUCAAGGAGGUCCUCGAGCUUUCCGGAUCAUCCCUCGAGCAGGUCGUCAAGUACAAUGUCUACCUUGCAGACAUGAAGGACUUCGCCGCCAUGAACGAGGUGUACAUCGACUUCCUGCCUCAGCCUAUGCCUUCACGAUCGUGCCUGCAGGCACUGCCCCCUGGUGACGGCACUGUCAUCGAGAUCGAGUGCAUCGGGCAGGUCUAA